AUGAGUGUCGUUGGUAUCGAUUUCGGAACCCUCAAGACUGUCAUCGCCGUUGCUCGAAACCGCGGUGUCGAUGUUGUCACCAAUGAAGUUUCAAACCGAGCAACUCCUUCCCUAGUAGGAUUCGGACCCAAGUCUCGUUACCUUGGAGAGGCCGCCAAGACCCAGGAAAUCUCCAACCUCAAGAACACUGUCAGCUCCCUCAAGCGUCUUGCUGGCCGACAAUUCAACGACCCCGAUAUUCAGAUUGAGCAGCAAUAUGUGACCGCUCCUCUGGCCGACUGCAAUGGCCAGGUCGGUGCUGAAGUCAACUACCUGGGCAAGAAGGAGAAGUUCACAGCCACUCAGCUGGUCGCUAUGUACUUGAGCAAGAUCAAGCAGACCGCUGGAGCCGAGCUCAAGCUGCCUGUUCAAGACGUCUGCCUGAGUGUCCCUCCUUGGUUCACUGAUGUCCAGCGCCGUGCUCUUAUCGACGCUGCCGAGAUUGCUGGACUCCGUGUUCUCCGUCUCAUCAACGACGGCACAGCCGCCGCUCUUGGCUGGGGCAUCACAAAGCUCGACCUGCCUGCCCCUGAGGAGGCUCCCCGCCGUGUCUGCUUCGUCGAUAUCGGCCACAGCAGCUACACUGUCUCCAUUGUUGAGUUCAAGAAGGGUGAGCUCGCUGUCAAGGCCACAACCUGGGACAAGGACUUCGGUGGUCGUGACUUCGAUCGCGCUCUGGUUGACCACCUCGCCAAGGAGUUCAAGGGCAAAUAUAAGGUUGACAUCAUGACCCACGGCCGUGCCCUUGCCCGUACCAUCGCCGCCGCUGAGAAGACCAAGAAGAUUCUCUCUGCCAACCAACAAGCUCCUGUCAACAUUGAGUCUCUCAUGAACGACAUUGAUGCUUCUGCCAUGAUCACUCGCCAGGAGUUCGAGGCCAUGAUCGAGCCUCUCCUUGCCCGAACCCACCUUCCCCUCGAGGAGGCCCUUGCCCAGGCUAAGCUCACCAAGGACGAUAUCGAUGUUAUCGAGGUCGUUGGUGGUGGUUCCCGUGUCCCCGCUCUUAAGGAGCGCAUCCAGGAGUUCUUUGGAAAGCCUCUCUCCUUUACUCUUAACGCCGACGAGGCUCUUGCCCGUGGUUCUGCCUUCAGCUGUGCCAUUCUCUCCCCUGUCUUCCGUGUCCGAGACUUCUCCGUCCAGGACAUCAUCAGCUACCCCAUCGAGUUCGCCUGGGAGAAGGCCCCCGAUAUUCCUGAUGAGGACACCAGCCUGACUGUCUUCAACAAGGGCAACGUCAUGCCCUCGACCAAGAUCCUUACUUUCUAUCGAAAACAGCCCUUCGAUCUCGAGGCCCGAUAUGCCCAGCCUGAGCUACUCCCCGGCAAGACUAACCCCUGGAUUGGCCGUUUCUCUGUCAAGAACGUUAAGGCCGAUGGUAAGGACGACUUCAUGAUUUGCAAACUCAAGGCCCGUGUCAACAUCCACGGCGUCCUGAACGUCGAGACUGGUUACUACGUCGAGGAGGAGGAGGUUGAGGAGGAGGUUAACGAGGAUCCCGAUGCCAUGGAUACCGAUAAGGAUGCCCCCAAGAAGACUCGCAAGGUGAAGAAGCAGGUCCGCAAGGGUGACCUGCCCAUCUCCACAGGCAGUGCCUCUCUUGACGACUCCACCAAGGCCAGCCUUCUCGAGAAGGAGGCUGCCAUGGUUAUGGAGGACAAGCUUGUUGCCGAUACCGAGGAGAAGAAGAACGAGCUCGAGGCUUACAUCUACGACCUCCGUGCCAAGCUCGACGAGCAGUACUCUGAGUUUGCCAGCGAAGAGGAGAAGCAGACCAUCAAGGCCAAGCUUGAGGCCACAGAGGAUUGGCUGUACGAGGAGGGUGAUGAUACCACAAAGGGUGUGUAUGUCGCCAAGAUUGACGAGAUCCGCGCCAUGGCUGGUCCCAUUGUCCAGCGUCACUUUGAGAAAGUCGAGGCUGAACGACAAGCCGCUCUGGAGAAAGCCGAGGCCGAACGGGCUGCGAAGAAGGCUGAGGAGGAUGCUCGCAAGGCUGCGGAAGCCGAGAAAGUCAAUGCAGACCAAGAGAUGAAGGAUGCCGACGCUCCGCAACAGGAGACCGAGGGCUCUGCCGACCCGCAGUAA